AAGCCUUCCGCUAUAAAAGGGAGCUGAUGCUCAGCCCUGUACCUCCGUUGUCAACUCUUGUUUCAGGGACACUUGGUGGACACAUCACUGAGCACCAUGCCGUCUGACCUGGAGUGUGCUUUGGACGGGGUAAUUGAUGUCUAUCACAGGUACUCCCUGACACAAGGGAAUUAUCACUCCCUCUACAAGGAUGACCUGAAGAAGUUGCUAGCGGCAGAGGUUCCUAACUUGUUGAAGAACAAGGAUGCAGACACCUGGUUCAAAGUUUUGGAUGUCAAUUUAGAUGGGGCAAUCAACUUCCAGGAGUUCCUCAUAUUUGUGAUAAAGAUGGGUGUGUUAGCCCACGAAGAAAGCCACAAGAACUAGCAGAACUGUGCAGGCUUGGAGAGCGGCACAUGGGCAUGUUCUUAUAGAAUAAUAAAGUCAUUCAUACCUCAGGA